AUGGCAGAAGGGGCUGCAGCUUUUGCCAUUGCCGGCAACGUACUACAAUUCGUCGAAUUCGCGACAAAAUUCAGCAACAAAUGUCUCGAAAUCCAUCGUGCUGGCGGGAGCGCGCCUGGUGACUUGCAGAGUCUUCGUUAUCUUGUGGAAAGCCAACAGGCUGCCUUGGAGCGGCUGCAAAUCCCCGAAUCUGAACGGUCACUGCUGUUACUACAGCACCCAGAGGUCACAAAAGUUGCAAACGCAUGCACCAGACACUUUGCAGAAAUCAAAAACUCCCUGGAUCGAAUCGGCAUAACAGAUAACAAGACAGCGCGCGGUGUUGUUGUCAACGCAUUUAAGGCAACAUGGAAUCGGCACAAGAUUGAGAGUUUGAGGAGCGAGGUUGCGUCUUUGAACCAGAAUUUGAACACCGCACUCCUGAACUCACUGAGGGACUACGCGACGAAGUCAGAAGGGCAACAAAUUGCCAUUCUCGAGAGGCUUGACAUCAUCCAAGAGGAAAGCACCGGGGCCUUCAAAAGCACCUCGCUCAACGAAGACGAGGACACUGCAUGGUAUGCACCAGGCGAUGCGGUUAUCGCUUUUAUUGUUCGUUCUCUCGACGCUGAACCAGAAGAGCGACAAAAGAGCGCAGUGGAGUUGCGACGUGGAGUGCUUCAGCGAAUCCAUUUGACAACAGCCAGUGUGAACUACAACGAAGACGGAGACCGUCCACCAAUCAUCAUAUCUCGUAAUCGAGAAACGCGACUUCGGGCUGUAUUCUUGGCAAGCUUCGCUUACAAGGUCAUGGAUGAUCGGCACUCGAGAAUCAUUGAAGCCCACCAAGAGACGUUCCGCUGGAUAUUUGAGCACCCUUCAGCAGGUUUCGAAAAGUGGUCAAACUUCAAAGAUUGGCUCAAGUCCGAUAGUAAGCUUUAUUGGAUCACAGGGAAAGCCGGUUCAGGCAAGUCUACUCUGAUGAAGUUCAUCUGUAGUCCGGUCUCGAAAUACCAUUCCCAAAAUACGACGGAUACUCCCGUUUCACGUGGUGCUCGGUUCGAGCGAUGCCGCAACGAUUUAAUGGAGUGGGCUGGAAGCCGACCCCUGAUCAUCGCAUCUUCCUACUUUUGGGCAUCUGGAAAUGAGCUGGAAGCGUCGCCUAAAGGCCUCUACAUGUCGCUUAUCUUCCAAAUCCUUCAACAUUGCCCUGAGAUCAUACCUCGAGUGGCGCCUGUCACUUGGGAAGCAAUGUCUCUAUUCAAUGAACAGCCCUCCCGUCUGACAGAGGCCGAACUGGAAGCAAUGAUAAGACUUGUGGUCGCAGAAGCCCAGAAAGAACGAAACCUCUGUCUUUUCAUUGACGGGCUUGAUGAGUUUUCUGGAGACCUGGAGAAACUCAUCGCGUUGAUCGGAGUCUUCUUACAAUGCCCCAAUGUCAAGGUGUGCGUUUCUAGUCGCCCAUGGGUUGUCUUUGAGGAAGCCUUCCAGCAUAGGCCUAGUUUGAAGCUCGAAGACUUGACUUACAAUGACAUCAGAAAGUUCAUUGCGAAGAGAUUCUCCGAGGAAGAAGGGUUUAGGCGAUUAUCUAUAAGGGAACCUGAGUACGCCGAACAAUUAGAAGACAACAUCGCUACCAAAGCGGUCGGGGUUUUCCUAUGGGUUAGUCUUGUCGUCAAAUCUCUUCUGUCCGGAAUGGAAAAUGACGACAGAGUCUCCGAUAUGCAAAGAAGACUCGAUCUACUCCCGCCGGAAUUGGAGAAUCUCUACAACGCGAUUCUGAACUCCCUGGAUCCAUUCUACUUUCAACAUGCAGCACAAUACUUCCGACUCUUGGAGUCUUGGAGAAAGUCGCCGCCCGCAGUGCUGUUUUGGUUUGCCGACGAAGGCAUUGAGCGCUCAAUUCAACUCCCUAUACGAGAAUAUUCCCGAAUGGAAAUGCGCGAGCGAGCCAAUACGAUUCGUCGCAGAAUCAACAGCCGUUGCCGAGGACUGAUCGAGGUGACAUCACCAGUGUCAGCCGAGAGCACUACUGACAGAUUCGGAUCGGUACAAUAUCUCCACAGAACUGUCAAAGAUUUCAUAUUGAGCUCAGAAGUCGCUGCAAAGAUCCAGCAUGUAACGUCAGAUUUCGACUGCCAAAUCUUCAUAUGUUCUGCAUAUCUCUCAGCCUUCAAAACUGCCUUGAUUGGCGACAGAUCUUCAGGGAGUUUCAGCAAAUUUUCCUACUCCCAUUCAUUUGAACCCGAUUCAUCAGAGACUAUGAUACAUUUUGCCGCCGGCUGCUUGGAAGCCGCAUCGAAAGCAAGACGAGAAAACAGGGGAACGAUGAUAGCUUUAGUCGACUCCCUGUGCAAGGCAUCUGAGAAAAUGCUUGGAAAUGACGAGACCAGGCUCAGAGAAUUUUAUCUUCAGAUUUCAUACCCAAACACUAAGGUUUCUCUUCGUCGUAAAAUGUCAGGUUCAAGCUUCUUGUCCCUCGCGGUACGGGCUGGUGUUGUGGAAUAUGUCAGGGAAAAGGCAUCUUUCGGAUCUGUCCUCUCAUCUUCCACCUCUAUUGACUCAAUCGAAAGAUCGAAAGUAUCACGAAUAAAGAAUCUCAUUCGAAGCCCUAAGGAAAUCAACACACCAAAAACCCGGUACAAAGCGCACACCCGACAAUUCUACUGGCCAUUACUGAUGGACGCGCUGUCCAUAGGCUCACCCAGACUGGACAUGAUUAGCCUUUGCUUCGAAAAGGGAGCUGAUAUCAACUUUUGUAUCCCUGACCGUUUUUCAAAUGAACCCCAGACCAUAUGGGGGUACUGGAUUGAAAAGAUGAUGCAAGGUGCUACCGAAGGUGAAUCUGCAACCCGCGAAGAUGUUUAUGAGCGCGUGAAGAUGAUGUUGCCGGUGACACAAAAGCUCGUCGAACAUGGAGCGCGUGUAAAGGACAUUAUCGUACUCACACGAGAUAUACUUUAUCCUGGAGACAGAGAAGACUACGUCACAGAAGCAAGGCACCUCUAUGAUAUCGUACGAAAUCUCAAGGUGUAG